AUGAAGACCACAUGGCUCACUAUCCUGUGCUGGACUUACAUCCGGCUGUCCACAUCUUUCCCUGUCGAUGACAGGCCCGCAUUUACACCAUGGGAUCUGGCGAAAAGAGAGAUCGAAGCAGCUAUCUUCUCCAAUCCUCUGGGACCCCAAUUUGGAGUACCUGAUGAGACGUGUCGUGGCACGCUGGAGGGCCCCAACACCGGUAGUUGCUGGAAGAUGGCAGAUGUCACAGUUGAUAAAUUCAUCGCAAACCGAAAGCCCGAGGCCAACGAAUGCGAGGUGCCCUGCCUUUUCUACACCUCGAAACUCACGGGAGCGGCAGAAAGGCUGGCCAAUUUUGUUCUGAAGGAGGUACUUUUGACGGGGGCUGCGGAAGGACCGCGCAAGUACCAAACUAUCUGGGAGCUACAUCCGCCAAAGUUCUAUCCAAACAAGAAUGACCUGGACAAGACUCCCGAGGCCAAGUGCAUCUACCAGGACCAGAGGGAUCAGGACUACGACGCGAACUUCGAUGGUUGCCAACGGCUAUACUUCAAGUCAAUGUCGAAGGCCAUGGCAAUGGAGUGCAAAGGCGAGGUCUUCUUGAUGACCAAUUCAGAUCUGAGCGGUACUCGCCCCGAAGGAAAAAAAGAAAAAGUUCCAGUGGAUGGAAUUUGGUGGCAGGUUGAAUUUCCGACACUGAUCGAUGAUGCUCGACCCGCAGACAAGAAAAUCACAAAAGUCAAAGAGAGAAGCAAGCCCCCCAAGAUUGAGGCGAGGGGGGAGUAUUGGCCUAAUGGAGUUGGCAACAAGCAUUUGCAAAGCUUUCGCAACGAACAAAGUCCGCAAUCGACGCCGAGCCCGCAAUCAACCCCCACUCCCACCCCCGAGGCAGCCAAUCCGGUUGAGACCCCUUCCAGCGGUCUUGUCAGGAGGGCAGAUCGGACAGAUGAAGAAGUCCUUGAACCUGAUGACGAAGGUUAUCCUUAUCAUUACUCUAUCGAUGAGAUCUAUGACUGGUACAAGGAAGCAGCGUGGUAG